AUGGUACAAGCGCCGUCAGAAUUCGAUUUCACCUUGACUUUGAGCAGUUUUUCGGAGGGAUUUGAUAAGGACUUUGUUGGGGGCAAGCCAAAUGAGUUUAUCUCCAGAUAUAGCGCGACUCAGGGAACUGACGCAGACAAAAAGCAAGUAGCAGAUCAGUGCUUGAAAGUAAAGCUUCAAGAAGUUCUUGUCACAACCAGUGAUAUUUCUAGCGUCAUCAGUCUUUUGACUUUCGCAACUUCCUGCGCCAGAAAGGGUCUUUGCUCUGUUCUGACGCCACUGGCUCUCAUUUCCGAUGCACUUGAAUGCUCUACUCUUGACGAUUGUGAGAAGAUCUUUGACUUCGUUGAGAAACAGACUCCAAUUUGGAAAUCAGCGCAAUUUUACGUCAACGCUUGCAAAAACCAGCUCUUGCGGAACUGCAACGAUCUUUUACGUCGACUUAGGAAAACGAGUCAAUCGCAAAACAAUGUUUUCUGCGGCCGGAUUCACAUUUUCCUUACCCGGAUCUUCCCGAUUAGCGAAAAGUCGGCGCUCAAUUUGAACUCUAACUUCAAUCUUGACAACGAAACUGACUUUACUAGAAUCGAAGACGACGAGACAGAAAACAGAGAGCUGUACAACAGUCUCUGGAGCGUGCAAGACUUUUUUCGCAAUCCUCUUCAACUUUACGAGCCAUCUAAAUUCGCCGAGUUCGAAAAGGCUGUAAAUACGAUCAACACUGCUUUCACCAAUUUCAAACUUGAAGUCAACGAAGAUGAAGAAGAAAAACGAAGUAAAAAGGAAGUUGACUACGAUUCGCUCGAUGUGGAGAUGAAAUCCAAUGGCCAAAUCGUUUACUUCCCAAAAUUUUUGACGUCGUUUAAUCUUUUGGAGCUUCAGUUGAAUGAUCCGAGCUUCAGAAGACAGAUUUUGACUGAGAUUUUGUUCCUUUUCCAGUAUCUCACAGGUUACGUAAAAUUCCGAUCAGCAACAAACGUCCUCCCCUUUGCCAGUCGAGAGUGGAUUCGAAACACAGAAAAGACCAUUUACGAGCUGCUUCAAGAAACGCCACCAAAUGGCAAGAAAUAUGUGCUUUUCGUCAAACAUCUCAUCGAGCGAGAAGCCUUUUGGGUCAAGUGGAAGAACGAAGGCUGUCCAAGAUUUAUGCGCGAAAAAGAUAAGGACGGAGCGUCGCGACCAAAGAAGAGAAAGACUAUUUUUGAUGAUUAUAUGAGCGACAAGAAACUUGGACUCGGAAGCCCCGAACUGACGAAGCUCUGGGGUCGAUCCUUGCCAAAUCUGGAAGCGUGCAAGACAGAGAACCGCCAGUUCAUUCCAAAGGUGCAUACAUUCUUCGAAGAAGCGAUGGAGCACGCCGAUCCAGCGAAUGAAAUUGAAGAUCAAUACAAGUGCUACAAGAACGCAGAGUUCGGAUGGCGAUCACUCCGACUUCUUGCUCACGCUUCGCCGCAUUUCUUCUCCCUCCAGCCCGCGAGUAUGCAUCAUUUGGCCGUGCCCAAGUAUCUCGAGCAUAUUCUGAAGAAACUGCUCAAGGAGGUCGCUGACAAAGAGCCAAAGGAAGAGAAUGAAGAGAACAAAACUUUAGACGCGGAAGCGGACACAAAUGAGUUUGAAGAUGAAAAAGAGCUUCUGAAAACGCCGCCGCGAGAGGAAUCAGAAACUCCAGCGCCCGAUGGAAGAGUCACAUCCGAGCAGAUAGACAAACUAUCAACGGAACUUGGCGACAAAUGGAAGGAACUGGCAGAAGAGCUUCGGCAUAUAACAGCGAAAGACAUUAAAAACUGCGAAGAAGAUGCCGAGGACGAUGCUUUGCGUGCGAGAAUUGCCCUGUGCACCUGGCAAGAUAAAAAUGGUGCAGAAGCAACCUCCGAGGUUCUUAUGGAGACCCUACGAGCGAUUGGCCUUGAUGAAAUUGCCAAUAACGUUUUUGGAGAAAAAAUGGAGCAAUAG